CGAACGCCAACCACGCCCCAAAGGGAGCCCCCAGAGCGUCAAUUGCCCGAACCUCACUUGAUAUUGCGGCCAUGAUGCUCGCGCGACAUGCACCCGCUCCGCAAACGCUGAGCGUCAUCUCCCAUCGCGUCCUUCCUACAGCUUGUGCAGCUUCACGCCUCUCGACCGCCGCCACCCCGUCUCGGCCACAGAGGAGGAAUUUGGCAACAGUGCAGGAUGCGCCGAAAAAGGUCCAUGGCGGACUAAAGGAUCAAGACAGGAUCUUCCAGAAUCUUUAUGGCCAUCAUGGUGCAGAUCUGAAAAGUGCCAUGAAGUAUGGUGACUGGCACAAAACGAAAGAGAUUAUUCUGAAGGGCCAUGACUGGAUUAUUUCCGAGAUCAAGGCUUCGGGACUGCGAGGCCGAGGUGGCGCUGGUUUCCCCUCGGGUCUGAAAUGGUCGUUCAUGAACUUCAAAGAUUGGGAUAAGGACACUAAGCCUCGCUACCUGGUCGUCAACGCUGAUGAGGGAGAGCCUGGAACAUGCAAAGAUCGUGAGAUCAUGCGCAAGGACCCACAUAAACUGGUUGAAGGCUGUCUCGUCGCCGGCCGUGCGAUGAAUGCCACUGCUGCCUACAUUUAUAUCCGAGGAGAGUUCUAUCACGAGGCUACCGUCCUUCAACGUGCUAUCCAAGAAGCAUACCAAGCUGGAUUGAUUGGCAAGAAUGCCUGUGGGUCUGGAUAUGACUUUGAUGUAUACAUCCACCGAGGAAUGGGUGCAUACGUGUGCGGAGAAGAGACAUCUCUCAUCGAAUCCCUGGAAGGAAAACCUGGAAAGCCUCGCCUGAAGCCACCAUUCCCUGCUGCUGUUGGUCUUUUCGGAUGCCCCUCCACUGUCGCCAAUGUUGAAACCAUUGCUGUUGCUCCCACCAUCUGCCGACGAGGGGGUAGCUGGUUUGCGUCUUUUGGGCGCGAACGCAACUCUGGCACGAAACUCUUCUGUAUUUCUGGUCACGUCAACAACCCUUGCACGGUCGAAGAGGAGAUGAGCAUUCCCCUCCGAGAGCUAAUUGACAAGCAUUGUGGUGGUGUACGUGGAGGGUGGGAUAACUUGAAGGCUAUCAUUCCUGGUGGCUCAUCAACACCUAUCCUCCCUGCUCAUCUCUGCAAUGACCAGCUUAUGGACUUUGAUGCUCUCAAGGAUUCUCAGUCCGGUCUUGGAACCGCUGCCGUCAUCGUUAUGGAUAAGUCUACUGAUGUCGUCCGCGCCAUCACCCGUCUCGCUAAGUUCUACCACCACGAGUCAUGUGGCCAAUGCACACCGUGCAGAGAAGGUUCAAAGUGGACACAUCAAAUCAUGCAGCGCUUUGAAAAGGGCAUGGCAAGAGAACGGGAAAUUGACAUGCUCCAAGAGCUUACGAAACAGGUCGAGGGCCACACCAUCUGCGCUCUUGGCGAGGCUUUUGCCUGGCCUUUGCAGGGCCUGAUUAGGCAUUUUAGACCCGAGUUGGAGGCACGGGUGAGAGAUUACGCAGCGAAGUCUGGAGGAGAGGCGCUGGCUGGAGGAUGGGCACAUGAUGCAAGCAAGAAAGGGCAGUUGAUCUCGCCAGGACAGUAAAGGAUGAAACGAGUUUGGAACUGUACAAUUUUCGUUUUGCUUUUUUUUCUGGUCUCGUCACUGAAUUGUUCAUAUUAUAUCUUCAGUGAGAAUGACUUCAAAAUUGCGCUC